AUGAGUAAAGAAAAUUUAGAUUUUUAAAUCGAAGUUGAAGAAAACAAUCAAUAACAAGACCAAUACAGAUAAGAAGAAUAAUAAAAUAUGUAUUAAUAAAACGAAAUGUAACAUUAAGACUAAAGCCAACCUUAAAAUGAUAAUUAAUAAUAUAAAUAAGAUUAAAAUAUGAAUGAAUUAGAAUCCUAAAAAGCAAACCAAUAAUAUACAUAGGAAUAAUAAAGGACUUUAAGUUAAGAAGAAUAGUAAAACAUUUAUAACGAAUUUAAAAUUGCCAUUAGAAAUAAUAAUAUUGAAAAGGUUUAGGAUGUGAUAAGAAAAUAUUAAAAAGACUACGAUAUAAUAAAUAAAAUAGACUCAUAAACUCGUUAAAUAUGCACUUAUUUAGCCGCUUGCCUACCAACAGACGAAUAAUGCUUUAAUAUGUUAAAAUUAUUAGUAGAAUCAGGUGCAAAUCCAACAUUCAGAGAUUAAAUAAACUAAUCCAUAAUAUUUUACUUAGCCCGAGAUGGGAAAUUAAAUUCCCUUAAAUUUAUAAAUUAAUUAGGUUGUGAUGCUAAUGAGAUUGAUAUAAAUGGCUAAACACCUUUAUUUUUUGCUUCGAGAGACAAUAGAUUAGAAAUAGUUAAAGAAUUAUUAGCUAAAGGUGCAAAUACAUAUCAUGUGGAUAAAGUUUGCUAAUAAACUGCUUUAUUUUAUGCAGCUAGAGAAGGUAAUAACGAAAUUUGUAAUAUUUUAAUUGAACACGGGUGCAAAGUAAACCAUUAAGAUGCUUAGAAGAAAAACGCGAUUUUCUUUGCCAAAAAAUUCAAUAAAAAGGAAACUGUGGAUUUAUUAUAAGCCCAUAUAAAUAAAUUAAAAAUUAAAUAAGAAAAACCAUAAUAAUAAUUAAUGUAAUAAUAAUAAUUAUAAUAAUAAUAACAAUAAUAGUAAUAAUAACAAUAAUAGUAAUAAUAACUAUAAUAAUAAAUAAAUACUGCUACAAUUUAUACUAAUGAAAACGGAUAAUAAACAGAAUUAACUAAAUCUGAAUAUAACGAGUUUAAAAUAAAAUAUCCAGAAAUAACUAAAAUCAUUGAAAAUGCAGAUGAAAUGAUUAAUGAGGAUAUACUAGGAAAAGAAAAAGAUGCAUGGGAAAAAAUCGCUAAAAAUAUUCUUUAAAUUAUUUCAAAAGCAAAAGGAUGUUAUUUAUUUUAAUAACCUGUUGACGUUGUUAAAUAUUAAAUACAUGAUUAUUACGAUAUUGUUAAAAGACCAAUGGAUUUAGGAACUAUUAAAAAUAAAUUAAAUUGCAAUGUAUAUGAAAGUUGUAAAGAAUUUAUAGAAGAUGUAGAAUUAGUUUUUUAUAACUGUAUUUUAUAUAAUGGAUCAGAUUCUGAAGUUGGAAAAUUUGUUUAAAUAUUAAAUAAGAAUUUAGAAAAGUAU